AUGGUGAAAAGACAGGCGCUGAGAAGCUAUGAGUUUACUUCAAAUGAGAAGUCUCUGGAACAAAAUCCAGGGCGCCACGGGUCCUGCCCCACCUGCCGCGAGGGCGCCGAGCGGAAGAACACGAUGCUGCAGGACCUGGAGGACAAGCACAGUCGGAAGGCGCGCGAGCUGGAGGGCCCGAACCCAGCGCCCGGACCCCCGCGCCGCACCGCACCGCGCAGCUGCCGUAAUGUUGCAGUGAACAUUGAUGUACAAGUUAUUGUCUGUUUCCACCACAGUCUUUUGCCCCAGAUACCUGCAAGUUUAACUCCGCUUGGCUGGGGGCUCGCAGAGCUGGUGGAACGGCUUAUAGAUACUGUCAGGAGCCUUCAGAGUCAGAGACAUCUCCCAGAAUCUGAACCAGACAAUGAAAUGAGCAUCCUGGCUGUGGUAGGCUCAUCUGGGAGAAGAAAGGAUGUGCCAGGGGGUGGCGCUAGGGACAGCUCCCUGGGACAGCUAGGGAGCAACCUGAAUCGGUUUGCAGUUGAAGGAUGCGCUAAGUCCCAGUCUUUUACCAUGCUCUUCACUACCAAACAUGGAUGAUCGGGAGUUUGGAAUGCUUGAGGUGAGGUAAGAAGGCUUCAAGUGGGCUAGGUUCUAUCCUUAUCACUCCACCUAGCUCUAAGAUCACCCGUGACCUCUACGCAAAUCCUGUAGACGUUCUAGCUCUUAUCCUCAUUGGCCUUUCAGCAGCCUUUGACACAAUCAACCACAACUUCAUUCUUUUUUUUUUUUUAAUUUUUAAAAAUUUUUGUAUAAUUUUGAAAGGUUACGGUCCAUUUACAGUUAUUAGAAAAUACUGGUUAUAUUUCCUGUAUGUACAAUAUAUCCUUGUAGCCUAUCUUACACCCAACAGUUUGUUCCUCCCACUGCCCUAUCUCUAUAUUGCCCCUCCCUCCCCUCUACCCACUGGUAACCACUAAUUUAUUUUCUAUAUCUGUGAGUCUGCUUCUUUUCACAACUUCAUUCUUGAAGCUUUCUUUUCCCUUAGCUCUGGGACACGAGUCUUCCAGCCUUUCUGCAUUUCUCUCCAGCUGCUCCUUUUCAGUCUGUUUUGCAGGUUUACUCUCCACUGCUAAGCAGUGAAAUGCUGGGAUUCUUCAAGGCUGAGUUGUAGGUCACUGUCUGUUCCCCCUACAGGGUCCUCUGCAUUCCUGUGGCUUUAACUACCACCUCUGUGCACAAAUAUAGCUUCAGCCUGGACCCUUCUCUGAGUUCUGGUCUGGUGUCUUCCUUCUCGUCUUCUCUUAGCAUCUCAAAGACACAUCGCACUUAAUCCGUCUUGCACUGCUUCUCCUCUGGAAUACCCCGUCUCAGCAACUGACCCUGUAGCCCUUCCAAGUGCACAAGCCAGAAACCUGGGAAUCAUGUCACCUCUUCCAUCAUCUGCCUAGACAGCUCUUGAAUCUAUUUACUAUUCUUUUUUUUAAAAAAAAUAUUUAUUUAUUUAUUUAAUUUUUGGCUGCAUUGGGUCUUCGCUGCUGCACGCGGGUUUUCUCUAGCUGCUGAG